AUGAGUUUCCCAGAAAUGAUAAAAGUAGGGCCGGUCGGAAAUGAUCGUUCUGGAGGAGAAUGGGAUGAGAAGGGAAAUGAUAGAAUCAUUGAAAUUUAUAUUUCUUAUUGCUCUUAUUAUAUUGCUUCUUUGCAAUUUAAGUAUGUUAAUCCACAAGGAAUGCAGGUCUUGUCCAGGCUACAUGGAAUAUCUAAUGGUUCACAUUUCAAUGUUGUAAAGCUCAAUUCUUCAGAGUACCUCACAGGGGUAAAGGGGAAAUGUUGUUUUCAUAUUGAAUCACUUACUUUUAUAACCAAUGCAAGAGAAUUCGGUCCCUUUGGUGCUGUUAACACUCGUUCAAGAGAAUUCAACUUUCAAUUUGGGCUGAACCGUCGGUUUGGUGGAUUUUUUGGCCACACCAAAAAUGGAUGUCUAACCUCCAUUGGAGCUUAUCUUAAGACUAGAGAUGAAUAA